UCAUCAUCUGCGACGGCGGCGGCCACUUAUAAACCCUCAGGGCGCGCGCCCUGCCGCUCAGUCUCCGCGCCGCGCGCCUCCUCCGGCCGCCGCAGCCGCGCUCGCCACCUUCCCGCCCGGCCGCAGCAGCCCGAGGCGCCGCGGCUCCUGCCCGCCCGGCCCGCCGCCCGCCACCAUGGGGCUCUUGCCCAAGCUCGGCGCGCCCCAGGGCAGCGACGCCUCCUCCUCGGGCCGAGCCGGCCGCUGUCCCCGCUCUGUCUUCGGCAACAUUAAGGUGUUCGUGCUCUGCCAUGGCCUCUUGCAGCUCUGCCAGCUCCUGUACAGCGCCUACUUCAAGAGCAGCCUCACCACCAUCGAGAAGCGCUUCGGGCUCUCCAGUUCUUCCUCGGGUCUCAUUUCCAGCUUGAAUGAGAUCAGCAAUGCCAUCCUCAUCGUCUUUGUCAGCUACUUUGGCAGCCGGGUGCACCGUCCACGGCUGAUUGGCAUUGGGGGUCUCUUCCUGGCCAUGGGGGCCUUCAUCCUCACCCUCCCACACUUCCUCUCGGAGCCCUACCAGUACACCUCAGUCGCUGUUGGGAACAGCAGCCGUCUCCAGGCCGAGCUCUGUCAGAAGCAUUGGCAGGAUGUGCCCCUCAGUAAGUGCCACAACACCACCCAGGAACCCCGGAAGGAGACCAGCAGCAUGUGGGGCCUGAUGGUGGUCGCCCAGCUACUGGCUGGGAUCGGGACAGUGCCCAUUCAGCCAUUUGGGAUCUCCUACGUGGAUGACUUUUCAGAGCCCAACAACUCACCUCUGUACAUCUCCAUCUUAUUUGCCAUCUCUGUAUUUGGACCGGCUUUCGGGUACCUGCUGGGCUCUGUCAUGCUGCAGAUCUUUGUGGACUAUGGCAGGGUCAACAUAGCCACAGUUAACUUGAGCCCGGGUGAUCCCCGAUGGAUUGGAGCCUGGUGGCUAGGCCUGCUCAUUUCUUCAGCCUUCUUGGUUCUCACCUCUUUCCCCUUUUUUUUCUUUCCUCGAACAAUGUCCAGAGGGGUGGAGCAGUCUCCUGCCGUGGUGGACGAAGCAAGGAAGAUGGAAGAGGCUAAGCCGAGAGGCUCCCUGGUGCAUUUCAUUAAACGGUUUCCCCGCAUCUUCCUGAGGCUCCUGAUGAACCCGCUCUUCAUGCUGGUGGUCCUGGCCCAGUGCACCUUCUCCUCUGUCAUUGCCGGCCUCUCCACGUUCCUCAACAAGUUCUUGGAGAAGCAGUAUGGCGCCUCAGCAUCCUAUGCCAACUUCCUCAUCGGUGCUGUAAACCUCCCCGCUGCGGCCCUGGGGAUGCUGUUUGGAGGGAUCCUCAUGAAGCGUUUUGUUUUCUCUCUGCAAACCAUCCCGCGCGUGGCUGCCACCAUCAUUACCAUCUCCACCAUCCUCUGUACCCCUCUCUUCUUCAUGGGAUGCUCCACCCCAGUCGUGGCUGAGGUCUACCCGCCCAGCACAUCCAGUUCUAUACAUCCGCAGCCGCCUGCCUGCCGCAGGGACUGCUCGUGCCCGGAUUCUAUCUUCCACCCGGUCUGUGGAGACAAUGGAGUAGAGUACCUCUCCCCUUGCCACGCAGGCUGCAGUGACAUUAACGUGAGCUCUGCAGACGCCAAGCAAACGACCUAUUUGAACUGCAGCUGUGUGACUGGCGGAUCUGCAUCAGCCAAGUCGGGGUCGUGCCCCAUGCCCUGCGCCCACUUCCUGCUCCCAGCAACCUUCCUCAUCUCUUUUGCAGCCCUGAUAGCCUGCAUUUCCCACAACCCCCUCUACAUGAUGGUUCUGCGUGUGGUGAACCAGGAAGAAAAGUCAUUUGCCAUUGGGGUACAGUUCUUACUGAUGCGCUUGCUGGCCUGGCUGCCAUCUCCAGCCUUCUACGGCCUCACCAUCGACUACUCCUGCAUCCGGUGGAACUUGCAGUGCUUGGGGAGGCGAGGGGCUUGCAUCUACUAUGACAGUGACACUCUCCGAGACAGCUACCUGGGCCUGCAGGUGGGCUACAAGGUGCUGGGCGUGCUGCUGCUCUUCCUCAUCAGCUGGAGGGUGAAGAAGAACAAGGAGUACGACGUGCAGGAGAAGGCUGCCGGCCUCAUCUGACCCCGGCCUCAUCUGACCCCGGCCUCAUCUGACCCCGGCCAGCGCCGCCUGCUCCACGCCUGCCUGUGCCCACUCAUGCCAACACCUCGGCUCCUAUUGGCUUUUGAAUAUGAAAGACAACCCCAGUCACCAUUUACCUUCCCUUCCUCCCUCUCGUAAAGUCCCCACAUGGUUCCUGAGGGCUGCCCUGCCUGUGGGUUGAUGGGCCGGAGCUGGAGGGCUGGGUCUUUCUGGCCCCUUGGAAGGAUCCUCCACCUGCCCAGGCUCUCCUCAGUGCUGGUCCCCAACUAAGGCGGUCCCUGCCCUUCACCAGCCCUGGGGGGGGCAGGAGGUCCUAAGUGGAGAGAGGAGAAGGGUCUCUGCCCUCCUUGCCAGGCAGCCCAGCUCUCCCUCUGACUGCCCAUACUCUGCAAAGAAGAUGGGUGCGAGGAGGAAGGGGUGGCUGAGUUACCAGUAGCCAGAGCCAGACUGGGGAGAGGGAUGCCUGCUGUGGCCCCCUUUGCAUCUGGGUUUGGCAUCAACAUAGAAGCCAGUGGGGGCAGGCUCUCCUCCCCCUCGGAUCCUCGCGUCCUGCCCCUAGAGACAAUUUUGGAAGCUGUCAUGUUGAGAAGUCCGGCCCCCUCUUCAUUACCCACACGCAGGCACCAGAGCAGGGAAUAAGAACCCCAAGGAUGGGUCAUCCAAAUGCUGUUCCCGUGAACCCUAGACCUUUCUGUCCUUGGAUCUGCACAUGUUUACCUCUGUCCUUCCGGGGGUACAUUUCAAACUGAGAAGGCCACAGCAUAGGGAAGACCCAAGGAGGGGCUGUGACAUGGUCAUGAUGCCCAGCCUCCCACCCCCAUCUCAGUGGGACAGGACCCCACAUCUCAGAGUAAAGGGAAGACCCUCCCCACGCUUCCCUGUCUGGACUUCAGCUUGUACACUGAGGAGUAGCGAGAGGCAGUCUGCGAUGUCAGCAGGCAGGUGAUGAAGUGAGUGAUCUCAACUGUCACCAACCUGGAUGGCGAGCUGCAGCCCACAGACCGAGGCCAGCAAGGAGGACUUCCUGGUUUCAAACUUGCUUAUUUCAUCAACAUUUGCUCAGCCUCUUCCCACUAUUUCCAGGGAGGUGGGUGCCUAGGUUAUGAGACACUGUUGCUGUGUGACAGAGGUUCAGAGUUAGAAGCCAAUGAAGGAGGCCUUUCAUCAACAAAUAUCCUAUUUAUUGGAGACUGACUUUGUGCAAGGCAGUGCCAGUAUGUGGUUCUCCACUGAGCCUCCCUCAGAUCUUACCUUGCCUCUCUGCAUUUACAAUAGGGCCUCCUCCCAGACUGUGCUCGGUGGGCAGCGUGGGACUGGGGGCAGGCACAGCAAGAACCAGAGACUGUCAAAAGGGACCCUUACCUGACCAUUUAUGGCCCCACCAGACUGACUCUGCACCUGGCUCUUUGCCAGGCAAAGACCUGACUAACUAUGUCCUCUGGAGCAACUGGGCAUUGGUCAUUGCCAUAUACAACCCUCAAGUGCCAGUUGUCAUGGAGGACCCCCUCCAGAAGCAUACUAGAAGCGACCUCUGGAAAGGCCUUGUAUGGUGAUAAGCCAAAAAAUCUAUGUCAAUGGCCAAACUACCAUGAGACUUAGGUCUCUGUGGAAGGCACUGUUACAGACAGCCUUAUUUCCAAAGCCACCAGCCUUAUUUCCAAGGAUCUCACUCAGGAAGGGAGGCUCCAUGCAACCUCAGGGGCCAGUUUCAGCAUUUGCAAUGGUUCUGCUUGGAAAAUGAUUCCCUGCAACUAACCUUGGUCUUUCUCGCUAUGAUUUAACCAAAUUCUGAAGGCACUUCCUUCAGCUGAACUCAAGGACAGUGAAUGCCAACCUUCAGAUUCUGGAAGAUUGUUGUCUUCCCAAACCUUUAUUCUAUUAUGAUAUUGCUAUUAAUAUAAUUUUGC